GGAAUAGCGGUCCCUCCCUCCUCCCAACUAUUUCUAAGGCUUUUAUUUCUAAGGCUUUAUCAACACCGGUGGAACAGGACCCGCUCACCGCCGCCAAGCUCCCGCUAUCAGCCCGUCCUCGCAGCUCCUCUUCCCCGCAAAAAGAAGCCUCUGGACCCUCCUUUAAAAAAAAAAAAAGCAAAAAAAAAAAGAACAAAACAACAAAAAGAAAAACCCAAAAGAGAAAAAACAGAGCCGAGCAGAUCUCAAGCUGAAAUCAAGGAAUCGAGUCCAUGCGAGCUGCCAUCUGAUCCCACACACACACUUAUCAAUGAAGCAGGAGAUCAUGGCGGAUGGCCCCAGGUGUAAGAGGCGAAAACAAGCCAACCCGAGACGGAAAAACGCAGCUCUCAACUACGAGAAUGUGGUGGAGACCGGAUCAGAGACGGAGGAGGAAGACAAGCUGCCAGUGUCUGAGGAAGACCCUCUGAUCAACGGAACCAGCAGCCCGGCCAGCCUCACCAACCCUGAGGUCUCGCCACGUAUCGAGGGACACGGCCUGCUGAACAAGGACGAUGAUGACGACGAGAUGAGGGACAGUGGCGUGGAGCACAUUUGGCCCGACAAUGACAUGCUGAGUGCUUCUGUGGAUGGUACUGAUGAAAUAAAAGAUGAUUUUGACACCCUGGGGCCUGAUACCACUUUGCAGACAGUUGGAAACGGUACAGUCAAGAGCGUCGAUUGCACUUCAGAGUUGGAGGACUUCUUUGCCAAGCGGAAGCUGGAUGACAGCGACAGCCACGUGGUGAGCAUCGCCGAGUACCUGCAGCGGGGCGACACCGCCAUCAUCUACCCGGAAGCCCCCGAGGAGCUGUCCCGCCUGGGCACACCGGAAGCCACUGGACCGGAGGAGAACGACCUGCCACCUGGAACGCCAGAUGCCUUCGCCCAACUGUUGACCUGCCCCUACUGCGACCGGGGCUACAAGCGUUUGACAUCGCUAAAGGAGCACAUCAAGUACCGCCAUGAGAAGAACGAGGAGAACUUCGCCUGCCCCCUGUGCAACUACACGUUUGCUUACCGCACUCAGCUUGAGCGGCAUAUGGCCACACACAAGCCUGCAAGGGAUCAGCACCAACUGCUCAACCAAGCGGCCGGCAACCGCAAGUUCAAAUGCACCGAGUGCGGCAAGGCCUUCAAAUACAAGCACCAUCUGAAGGAACACCUCCGGAUUCAUAGCGGUGAAAAACCUUAUGAGUGCCCCAACUGCAAGAAGCGCUUCUCUCACUCGGGCUCCUACAGUUCCCACAUCAGCAGCAAAAAGUGUAUUGGCUUGAUUGCAGUCAAUGGCAGGAUGCGCAGCAACAUGAAGACAGGCUCCUCCCCUACCUCUGCCUCCGCCUCCCCCACUAACACUGCCAUCACCCAGCUGCGACAAAAGCUUGAGAACGGAAAGCCACUCAGCCUCGCCGAGCACAACAACCACCUGAACAUCAAGACGGAGCCGCUGGACUUCGACUACAAGCUGAUGAUGGCUUCUCAUGGAUUUGCCGCUCCUGGGCCUUUCAUGAAUGGAGGAGUGGGGGGAAACAGCCCACUUGGGAUCCACCACAACUCGGCCCAGAGCCCCUUGCAGCAUCUUGGGAUGGCCGGACUUGAAGCGCAGCUCCUGAGCUACCCGGGUCCACUGGGGAAUAACCUGAGCGAAGUACAGAAGGUUCUCCAGAUCGUGGACAACACUGUGUGCAGGCAGAAAAUGGACUGCAAGCCAGAAGAGCUCUCCAAGCUCAAAGCCCACAUGAAGGAGCUGGGAUCCCAGAUAGAGGAGCAGAAACAAGCGCUGACAACGGCUCAGGUCGGUCUUCCACUUGUCAAUCACAACGGCGCCACCAAAAGCAUCAUCGACUACACAUUAGAAAAAGUGAACGAAGCCAAAGCCUGCCUCCAGAGCUUGACUACAGACUCAAAGAGACAGAUUAGCAAUAUCAAACGAGAGAAACCCAACCACAUGCUUGAAGGAGGUGUGGAUGAGAAGGUGCAGGAAAACAACAUGUUUACACCUUACGCUUGCCAAUACUGCAAAGAAACCUUCCCCGGGCCAAUACCUUUGCAUCAGCACGAACGCUACCUGUGUAAAAUGAACGAGGAGAUCAAAGCUGUGCUGCAGCCCAGUGAGAAUUUGAUGCCCAAUAAACCAGGGAUAUUCAUGGAGAAGAACACUCACUUACCCUCCUCCGUGUUGUCUGACAAGGUACUCACUGGGCCUCUUAACCCUUACAGGGACCACAUGUCUGUGUUGAAGGCAUACUCUGCCAUGAACAUGGAGCCCAACUCGGAGGAGCUGCUCAAGAUUUCCAUAGCGGUCGGUCUUCCUCAGGAAUUUGUCAAGGAGUGGUUUGAGCAGCGAAAGAUGUACGAGUACGGCACUAACAGGACCCCACCACUAGAGCACAGGAACAACAUGGAUAUGGUUGUCGGAACAAAUAACCACCACACUCCACCAAAAGACUCUUUGGCAGCUAGGUCGCCACUGUCUCUAAUCAAGCCUACUGACCGCAUCACAUCACCCUCCAUAGCAGAGCUCCAUAACAACGUGAACAACUGUGACAACUCGCUCAGACAUUUGAAAAACCACCAGUUCAGCGGCAGCCAAACCAAACCCACAGGUGAAAAGUUGGACCACUCCCGCAGCAACACCCCUUCCCCGCUAAAUCUGUCCUCCACUUCUUCCAAAAACUCUCACAGCAGCUCCUACACUCCAAACAGCUUGACUUCAGAAGACCUGCAGGCUGAGCCGCUGGACCUGUCUCUGCCGAGACUCAUGAAGGAACCCAAGCAUGCACUGACUGUCAAAAGCAGACCUAAAGUCAACAGUAUUACCAUUGACCAUAACAGCAUCCCUUCUCCCCGAGAGCACUUCGAAGAGCCUUUGAACUUGGCCUAUCUCAAAAAGGAUUUCUCAGGCUCUACCAACAAUGGAAACUUAGAAAAAAGCACUAGCCCCAUCUUCGGCAUUAACCCGUUUGCGGCCAAACCCUUGUACACGUCGCUUCCACCUCAGAGCGCUUUCCCACCCGCCACAUUCAUGCCCCCGAUGCAGGCCAGCAUACCAGGUCUUAGGCCCUAUCCGGGCAUGGAUCAAAUGGGCUUCCUACCACACAUGGCCUACACUUAUGCAGCAGGGGCAGCUACCCUUGCCGAGAUGCAGCAGAGGAGAAAGUACCAGCGGAAACCAGGUUUCCAGGGGGACCUGCUCGACGGUACACCAGAUUACAUGUCAGGGCUGGACGACAUGACAGACCCCGACUCCUGUCUGUCGCGGAAGAAGAUUAAGAAGACCGAAAGUGGUAUGUACGCGUGUGACUUGUGCGACAAAACAUUCCAGAAGAGCAGUUCCCUUCUAAGACACAAAUAUGAACACACAGGCAAGAGGCCGCACCAGUGCCAGAUCUGCAAGAAAGCCUUCAAACACAAACACCAUCUCAUCGAGCACUCCAGACUGCACUCGGGGGAGAAACCUUACCAAUGCGACAAGUGCGGGAAGAGGUUCUCGCACUCGGGCUCAUACUCGCAGCACAUGAACCACCGCUACUCCUACUGCAAGCGGGAGGCCGAGGAGCGGGAGGCCGCAGAGAGGGAGGCCCGCGAGAAGGGCCACCUGGAGCCCACCGAGCUGCUCAUGAGCAGGGCGUACUUGCAGGGCAUGACUCCUCAGGGUUACCCAGAGCUGGCGGAGCGAGAGGCUAUUCUGAGGCAUGACGUGGUGAACGGAGGGAUCAGAGAUGCAGGGCGAAAGGAAGUGGAUGGAACGUACGCAAAGAUCGGACGGAGGGACGACGAGUUUGAGGAGGAGGAGGAGGAGAGCAAGAGCAUGGACACGGACCCGGACACGUUGAGGGACGAGGAGGAGAACGGAGAGCACUCGAUGGACGAUAGCUCGCUGGACGGCAAAACGGAAACCAAAUCGGAUCACGAGGACGCGAUGGAGGAUGGCGUGUAAUCGGCGGUGACACUUCAGAAGCUUCCCAUCUUUAGAAGUUUAAAAAAAGAAAAACUAAUGAAAAAAAAAAAAAAAGUAAAGAAAAGAAAAAAGUUUUUAAGUUUCUCUCUUUUCGGUUCAAGUAUUCUUACCUGCUCGGUUUAAAACGCCGUGUUUUAAGCUGUACGUGCACGUGCCUGAAGCUUCCGGGAAGCUUGACGGACUCCUCAACGUGGACUCAAAUAUCAAUCCGGAAGAAGAGGAGGAGGAAGAAGGAGGCAUUGAAGGGGAAAGGGGGAGGCUUGGGUUUGUGAAAUAAGCUGCAUUAUGCAAACCGAACAAUGAAUAAAUGAAUACAUUUCAAAAAAUGUACAGUACUAAGGCCUAAAAAUAUGUGUGGUGCUAACCUCCUCAAAUAAAAACCCCUGUGUUCCAUAGUAUUUAUAGCACAACUAGUGACUUGUACAAAUUGCACUCCGCUUCUAUAAUCAUGAACAAAAAUAAUAAAAAGUAUUGCCUAUGUAUAUAUUUAUACAGUGUUGGAAAAAGAGCAGUAGUAUCUGCACUACUACAGUCCUUCAGUAUUACCUUUGUUAUCACCAACCUACCUACGGUGUCGUCUUUAGUUUUCAUCUCCAGCCACACUGUUUUAGGCCUCUUGAAUCAAAUGAAGGAAUUAAAAUUCAAAGACUGUGUGAAGGAGCUUUUCCCCCCCGUUUAUUUUUUUGUUUGUUUCUUUAUUAUUUUUUUUUAAAAGAGACCUUCAUUUUAAGGGAAAAUACAGUUUUACGGACAGAUGUUGUCUUUUGGGGAGGGUCAAAAAAAAAUGAAGGACGAAGCCUUUGUAAGGUGUUUUUGAUAAGAAAAAAGAAGCCUUAUAUGCAAACCUUUUAACCUGUGUGUUUUCUGCAAGUGCCACCCUCGUAUUGUGUAAAAGGAAGGUUACUUUUUUUCACCAGCUUCAGUAUUGAUGAAAUGGUUCACCGUUGUUCUUUGAAGCACCCGUGUCAGUAUUAUAGGCAGCAGUUCCUUAGUUUACAUUAUGUUGUGCAAUGUUUUCUCACCUCUUUUCUUUGUCAGUAUUACACCAAACCAUUUUUUCCUCUUUUUUUUUGAAAACAACAAAUUGCAUUUCAUUUAUUUGUAGGUUGAAAAGAAAACAUUAUUUAUGUGGCCCAUUUUAUAUUUCCUAAUUUUAUUUAUUUCAUACUGUUGUGUACAGUACUAUAGUUCUUCAAUAUAUAGAUAUAUUUUAGUAAAAAGGAACAUGGUGUCGAUCAUAGGGGCAAAUUUUACGUAAAGAGAGCAUUUAUUGUGUUUUGAAACAUUGUGAAAUGCGAAGUUUAAUCUUAUUUUAUUUUAUUUUUUUCCUUUAUUUUCCAGCUACUGGAAAAUUCCAAAUUUGGGAACUUUUAUACAAUUGUGAAAACACUGUAUUUUCGACUGAAAAAUUCCACUUUCUUCAUCUUUGUUUCUUUUUUUAAGCUAAAAAAAAUGAAGAGGGACUGUUAAAUACUAUGUAUGAUAUCAUGACUGAAGAAGAAUCUUUCCUGAAAUGUCUUUGUAAAAGUAUUAUUGAAUUCUUAAUUUGUAAUUUCUCUUGAAAAUGACCCUGCUCGAAUAAAAGUAGCCAAAUUACAGAGUACCAAACCCUCAGGGCUUCGUGUUUGUUCACAAACGGUGAGGUGUGCUUGGCUUCGUCACAAUGAACUCUUUCUUUUCAGAUGGAUUAAAGUCAACUGAGCCCAGCCCUCCUGCUGAUUAUCACUAUUUUAAGAUGAGAAAACAACAUAAAUGCCACGACCAAAGUUUUAAACAAUAAAGCCAAAAAUAUUCUGUAUUAGUUUCUUAGUAAAUCACAUUAAAUGACUAAAACUUUGAUUCCAGUCACUGGGAAACUAGAUGUGAAUCAAUCUGCCAAUGAAAAUAGUCUCAUCCUGUUUUUACUGAAUUUGCUGAAAUGUGCUGUGUCCAGCUGUUCUGGAAGUGUUCUUUUACAGGUUAAAAAAAUGCUGUACAUAUAAAACAAAUUAUUAAUUUAGACAAGAAAACACAAAGUGAAGCUUUUUAAAACCUCUAAAAAAUAUUAAAAUCAUAUUUGGAAGCUUUUCUUUUGAAACAAAUGACAUUUUAACGCUUUAAUUAAAGCAUCGUGAGCAAAUUGCUGUAAGCAGAUAACAUACUUAUGUAGCUGUCAGCAGGUUUAAGAAUCAAAAUGAUUUGCUUUGUUUCCCUGAGUUACUCCCGCUGAUUGGAGGACCAAAUGUACACCAGAGCAAACCUACGACUACUACUUAUUUAAAGGCUGGUUUAAGGCAAGAAAACACAAGGCGAAGACACAUUUAAAGGUUUUUAAAGCAUAUUUGAAGCUUUUAUUUUGAUGCAUGACAAUUUUGAUAAACUCCUUGUUGUUUCACUGAAUUGAUCCGACUAACUGAAGGAUCUAGCAUGCACCGAUCCAACUUAUCCCUGAUAAUUCUAAAUAAAUACACCACCUCCGCUUAAUAAUUGAUUAAAAGCUACUACAAGAAAACUCAAGACACAUUUAAAGGAUUUAAAACCCUUAAAGGUUUUAUUUAAAGCUCGUUUUGAAGUAUGAGAUUGUAUGAUAGUAUUUAAUAGUUCAUAAUAAAUCCCCCUCUUCCUCCCGUUAUAGUGAAGCAGCUGAGAAGCUACAGUGAUGACAGUAAUAAAAAUGCUGCAUGUAUCAUUCAAUAUCAACACUGAUUAUUGAAAAAGCACGAAUAGUUUAAAUAAAAACACAUUUGGAAGUUUUUGUAUUAAAGUAUUAAAAUAUGGUGUUUAUUGAGCCUUUAACUAUAUUCUUUAUAUUGCUUUCAGCUAGAAUAGAUGUGUGAUUUAAAGGCAUCUUUUGCUGUUUCUCCACAUUUUUGAAGUAAAGGGUAUUUCUAUAUAUUCUAUAUGUAAUUUUCAAUUAAAAACCAAUAUUAAAAAAAAAAACAAGCAAAUGCAACUGCAUUCCCAGAUUACUUUAAAGGCUUCACAAAACUGUCAAAAUCAGUGAAAUAACACUAGAUAAAAAGAGCAGAAGCUUUUAAAUGUAAAGAAACUUUUUUGAGAUUUUUAUUUUGAAGUAUGACAACAUAACAUUAAAGCACCUUCAGCUGAUCCGAGUUGCUGAAAGUACAUUUAGGGAAGAAAGUAUCAUCUUUAGGUUAGGUUCAACUGUCUGAGAUCCUGGGACCUGCGAUUUUUAUGGUUUUGUGAGGAUUAUUUCAAAUAUAAAAUGUUAGGAGCUGAUGACUAAAAUUUUCUGCUGCUUUUGUUCUAUCAGCAUUAAACAAUAAAUGUCAUUCAGAUUUAAAAGUGUCACAUUGGACAUGAAACAUGUGACCUCGAUUUUUUAUAAAGUUUUACAGUGAAACAUCUCUAAAAAUUGAACAUUUUUAUAACAGCUAGUGAAAAAAAAGGAACUUUCUGCCUUUUAAUUGUUUAUCUAUCAAUUGUUUACUUCAGUGUAGUCUGAAUGGACAUGAAGGAAGUGUUUAUAAGAAGAUAAAAGUUGUAAAACCUUAGAAAAUAGAGUAAAAAUUUAAAAUUUAUCCCAUUUUCCAAAGCCUUUGCUGGGCUGACUCUGGCCCCCAGGCCUUAUUUUUGACACCUGGGGUUUAAACCCUAUCAAACUGAUAAUAUUCAACAGAAAGACCAAAAAAACUACUAAUAAUGAAAUUCACUGCCUACAGAAUAACAUAUGUAUUAAUCUGCUACUGAAAAUAGUACUUAUAAAUAGUCCAA